CCUGGAAGUUUUGAGCGGCAGGGACCCCUCCUGAUGGCACUGAGUGGGUAAGAACCAUGUCACUUUGAGAGGAAGUGGAAUUCGAGUUUUCACGUGACACCUGCUGGUCCAGUCUCUCAAUAUCUGGAGGAACAAAACCUCGACUGUCCGAACGCCAUGGCUCAUUAUGACUCGCUGGAUGACAAGGACUCUGUGGAUAUUCAUGACAACCCACCUCUCCCUGAUAACGUGGUGAAAGAGGAGGACAACACGGUGUAUUUCAUCUACGAUGAGGAGGUAGAAGAGGAGGAGAAAGAGGAACCUCCUCCCCCAGAACCAGUUAAACCAAUCAACGACAGACCCCACAAGUUCAAGGACCACUACUGCAAGAAACCAAAGUUUUGUGACGUCUGCGCGCGCAUGAUUGUUUUGAACAAUAAGUUUGCACUGCGAUGUAAGAACUGCAAAACCAGCAUCCACCACCAGUGUCAGUCCUACGUGGAGUUCCAGAGGUGUUUUGGCAAAAUUCCUCCAGGAUUCAGAAGAGCGUACAGUUCUCCUCUGUACAGCAGUCAGCAGAAUGCCACGGUCUCACAACUGCUGCCUUUUUCACAGUCAAACCGCACUGACCCUGUGUUUGAGACACUGCGGAUCGGUGUGAUCAUGGCCAACAAGGAGCGUAAAAAAGGCUCAGAGGACAAGAAGAACAUGAUGAUGAUGAUGAUGAUGGAGGAAGACGAGUCCCAGCCCAAACAAGAGGAUGAAGGAGGUGAAGGAGCAAACACAGACGGAGACAAAAGAGGAGACAAAGCUCCUGCUGAUGACAAGAGUAAAAAGCUUCAGCCAGGGAAGAUCGGUGUGUUCAGUCAGUCUCACUACUAUCUGGCUCUCUAUCGCUUCAAGGCCAUAGAGAAAGACGACCUGGACGUGCACGCUGGUGAUCGCAUCACAGUGAUCGAUGACUCCAAUGAGGAGUGGUGGAGGGGGAAGAUCGGAGAGAGAACAGGGUUCAUACCUGCCAAUUACAUCAUCCGAGUGCGAGCGGGAGAGAGUGUCUACAAGGUGACGCGCUCCUUUGUCGGCAACAGAGAGAUGGGCCAAAUCACUCUGAAGAAAGACCAGAUUGUGGUGAAGAAGGGUGAGGAGGUGAAUGGCUACCUGAAGGUCAGUACAGGACGCAAGCUUGGCUUCUUCCCCGCCGACCUACUGCAGGAGAUCUGAGGAGGACCGGCAGGCCAGCUCUGAUCUCAGUUUCAUCAUCUGCUUUGGCUGACAAACUUGUUCUUGGUCCUGAAGCAGCAAUACUGUAACGCUUCAUACUCAGAUUUUUAUUUCAGCACAUUUUUCUUUAAAUCACUGUACAAAGCCUGCAAUCAGAAUUUAUUGUGACAGGUUCACUCACUUAGGGUGCAGAGUCAGAUAAAUAGCUGAACAAAAAAAAUUUAGUUUUAGUUUUAGUUAAACUCAUUUUGACUUUUUGGUUGUAAAAUUUGUAAAAAUGUACCUUUCAAAUGAGACCACAGCUAUGACUGUAAUCAGGAGGGUUCAAGAACAUAACCUUUUAUUUUUGGCGCAUUAUUUUCAGGCUAAUACGAAAAAUA